AUGGAGCAACCGUUUUAUCCGCCAGGCGCUCCCAUGGGCGCCUAUGCUGCGGAUGCGCAGGCCAUGCAGUUCCACAAUCCGCCUUCAUAUCCUCCUUAUCCCAUCCUCCUGGGCCCUGUGCAAUUGCCUGAGAGUGUCGCAUAUUGGCACAACACCCCCGUCCAGCAGCCGGGAAUGGCACCACCCAUGGGCGCGCCCGUCUCGUUGCAGAAACAACCCGCGCAUGGUGCCACGGAUCAGAAAAAGCAUAAGCGGACGCGCAGUGGCUGCUUCACUUGCCGGGCUCGUCGAGUCAAGUGCGAUGAAGCUCGACCCAUCUGCGAAAGAUGUCGGAAAGGAAAACGAGACUGUGUCUACCCCUCGCCGUCCGCAAAGUCAGGCAGUCGUGCACGUUCCAAAUCGAGAGAUCAUCGGAAAUCCGUGAAGGACGCUGGUUCGUCUGAUGAAGAUGACGGCGGGGAUGUCAGCAAAUUGGAGGCGAUCCCGGACGAUGAGGAAAGCCCCGAACCACCCUCGACGACCUCCCCUACCGGGGACACCGGUAAAGCGAGACCGGGCCUCCCCAGAAGGCAGAGCUCCCAGUCACUAGACAAACGGAGGGCGAGGAAAGCAUCAGACACAUCGGCCUCCAGCAAGGCCAAGUCAGAAUCACCCACUCUACCGUCGACUCCAAAGUCCGUUUCUCGAAGUCCCCGAGUCCGUUUUCAGUACAGCGAUCUGUAUCAGAAGCCCCAGCGAAAUAUCUCGACCCUAACGGAAUUCACUCGGCUGCGCGAGGAUGUGCGCUUCCUCCUCAACCAUCACCAGGAAAGACUCAAUUACCAUCACUAUUUCUUAAGGAAAGAGUCGGAUGACUUUGUUCGUGGGAGUAUCAUUGAUCUAGCACUGAAAUACGAACCCCUUCUCUACGCCGUUGUCGGUUUCUCUGCAUAUCAUCACACUAUCCACCAGCCAAAUGGAAAGCUGUAUGACUUUCUGAAAUAUUACAAUCGGUCACUGUCGCUGCUGCGGAAAUCGCUGGCGUCUGGAGAACAGCACGGAGAAGCAAUGCUGGUCACAAUUCUCCAACUGUCGACGUUUGAGGAAUGCAUAGGUGAUUGGGUGAAUCUGCUCGAUCAUCACCAAGCGGCAGAUAUUCUGAUGCGCGAAAUCCUAACACCGCAAAGCAUUGUGACGAACGAGCUUCACAGGCAUAUCUUUAUCUGGCACGCCCGUUUUGACGUCGUUGCUGGCCUCCUAGCAGGUAGCGAGGCGAUCUUGAGCCGCGAAUGGUACACUGCGAUCGAAGAAUAUGAUGCUGAGCAGGCGGCUCAAAACCCCUACCAUGUUCAAAAGCAGCUGGCCUGGGUGCAAUCUCGAAUUCGAGUCUUUGCCCUGGAUAUGGCCUCACUAUUUGCAAAACUUUCGCGUGAGAUAAUCAGCAUGGACGAGUUUCUGACCCAGCAUGAACGCCUUUGUCGGGCGUUGGAAGAUAUGCACCGUACUUUGCAGCCCUUCGACACUUGCGAACACGCGGUGAGGGCUAAUAUUUAUAUACAGCACGAGGGACCGGACGAUGUUCUGGAACCUGAUGUUCCUGGCUUGUUCUAUAAAGGGCCCUUAUGGAGUGUGAACUUUACUUGGGUUGAUGUCCUGGCCACUGAACUGAUGUUCAAAUAUCAAUCCCACCUUGUAAUACAGCAGCCCGACGGUGCGGAGCUGCAGAGGCUAGCAUUGGAGAUAUGUCGGAUCGUCGAGACCAUCAUGCGAUGGCCAGAGAAGGAGGUUGGGAAGGUGAUUGCGUUCCACAAUUGCCUUCCGAUUACGGGCAUGUUUCUACCUCGAGACGAGAAAUACAUCAUGUGGAGUCGACAGAUGCUGGCUCUUUUGGAACAGAACGGGUAUAUAUACCCUCCCAAACUGCGGGCAGGGGUAGCAGAAAUAUGGCAGAUACCCGAGGUGAAUCAUUGGUGGCUACCAGAUGAAGACACUUAUCCGGACAUUGUGAAGGAAAUCCGUGCCUUGACCGAGGAGCGGACGACGAAUCCUCGCGACAACAUCCGUGAAGACAUCCGCGACAUGAAGUCACUGUUUGGGAAGCUGAAUCUCGACGACGGCGGUAGCCAGAACAGUUCCCCCAGCGUCGACAGUAGUGGUCUUGUGACCGAAGCCUCUCCCGACCAGCUGUCCAAUUGCGUCCAAGCCUGGCAACAACAGAACCUGCAACUAGGCGAUAAAGACCCUCCUCCUCCAACGUCAGAGGGACCGAGAUAG